AUGGGUCAGUAUGGCCUAACAUACGCAGUGACCUUUGUCCAGGAGUCGGGAGACUUGACAGAUGGUGGGACGAGUGAUACAGGAUCUCAACCCCAGGAAAAGACCAAGGUCGCGCCUGAGAAUGUUAUGGAAUCUAUACCAAAUGACUUUUCAACAUUAACGCAAAUCCCAUUUGCGCAUGCUGUACAGGCAUCGGACGCGGUGACUAAACUGCACCACCGUCUUGGGAGCUCCGGUGUGGCAUCAGUCACAUCGAUCGCAGACUCAAGACACUAUUCUUCAUCCUCGGCGGUCUCACCUCCCGGUAUAAGUGGCGUCUCGCCGCUCCCUCCGAUGAGUCCCUGGGCGGGCGUGACGCCGCCGCUGAGUCCGCCCAACACCCGUACAGUCAGCGACCUGCAGCUGAGUGCGCGAGAAGCAGCUCUUCUGCGGUUAUUCAUUCAUAAGAUAGCACCAUGGGCUGAUAUCUGUGAUUUGCAAUCCCAUUUCUCCACUGAAGUUCCCCGGAGGGCCAUCCAAGUCCCCAUGGUUCUCAAAGCCCUCCUUUCCCUCUCUGCCCGACUCGACGCCAUCAUGUCUAAUACCAGCGACUGGGAAGCUUCUGAAUACCACGGGCAAUGUCUGGAGCUCCUCAUUGCCGCUCUUGCACGGCCGGAAGAGACUUACGACGCCAACCUGCUCAUCACCGUCGUAAUUUUACGGAUCUACGAGGAGCUGAAGCGGCCGAGCGACGAACAAUGUCACUUUUUCGGAUCGAACCGCCUUCUCAACAGGAUGUCCACCGCUGCGUCCUCGGGAGGGAUCACGGAAGCUGUUAGCUGGCAGUUCCUUCGCCAGGCGAUAUAUGCGUCGAUCGUCCAAUUUCAGCCAAUGCAGCUGGAUCUCACGAAUUAUGAGAGGUCGUCGGUCUUUCAACGGCGGGAUGAUGCGGCUUACGCGAAUACUAUCAUCUUUCUCUGUGCGAAAAUCAUCCAGCUGUACCCAAAGUCUCACUCUUGUGUCGUGGAUGAGGCUGAAUGGCGUCAUCUGAUGAAUAGCGUUGAGCAAUGGUACCAGUCACGACCAGUGAACUGGCAGCCAUUGCAGUAUAAAGAGGCCGAACCGGAUGCAGACCGGCCUUUUCCGGAGUCAUGGAUUAUGUCUCCUUCUGCCGUUGUUGGACUGCAGUACUAUCAUACGUGUCGUAUUCUGCUCACCCUGUCGGACCGUCAUUGGGGCAUAUCGAGCGAUUAUGAGCUGGCGCGCCUGCGACGUCUGGAGGAGAAAACCGUGGCGUCCCACAUCGUGCAGGUGAUUGGAUUGUCGAUGUCUAACGAGACCGUCGAAAACGCCUACUUUAUGGCCUGUCAUCUGUUGCAUCGGUAUGGAUACACACUUCGCCAUCCGGCGGAGCACCGCGGCUCGUUACGGUUUCUCGAGCGGGUGGAAAAGGCUAUCGGCUGGCGCACAGCGGAGAUGGUGCAUGAACUUGAAAGUCGGUGGAGUGAGCUUUCUGCGUUGGAUUCAAGACGUGACUAUGAUUAA